AUGCGCUUCACAGACAUUGCCGUCCUCUCCCUCGCCGCCACCGUCCUCGGACAGGGCCCAGGACAAGGUGGCCGUGGCGACGGUCCCAACGGCGUCGGUCGUCCAGGCCCAGGACCUGAACAAGGACCAGGAGGAGAAGGACCACGACACCACCCCCGCGCCAACCGGCCGAGAUUUGUCCCCGGCCGGGGCAGGAACACGCAAGGAAACCCGCCAUUGAACUCGGGCACGGCGGGCGGCCACUGCCUGAAUGACGCCGACGUCGACGUCCUGGUCAAGGGAUACACCUACCUUCUGCAGUACCCCGGCGGUGACGACUUCAAUGCCACAGCCAACGCGAUCCUGUCGGACAAGUUUGAGGUGUGGAGCGACUCGAUCAACACGCUGGGGCAGCGCGAUUUCAGCUCAGCCGCCUACCCGUCCCUCGAGGCCUUUAUCGCCUCGCAGUCGGUGACGCCACCCUUGCCGACCGUCGAGACCCUGUCGACCGCCUACACGUGCGACCAGAUAUUCUGGCGCUGGAACGCCUACGGCAUCGGCAGCGACUACAUGCGCGUCCACGGCUUUAUCGAGUUCGACGUCGACGUCUCAAAGGUCCAGAUCGACACCGUCUACUCCGAGUUCAACACGGCCGCCUUCUGGGUCGACCUUGGGAACCCGGAGUGUCAGCUCUCGGCUCGCAAAUAG